UAUAAACAAAAUUUUAGUUUUUUAUUAUUUUCCUUCUCUUUCUUUCCCACUCUUUUUCCCGAGAAAAUAUCUUUUUGUUCUACUUCUACCCCACCAAGCGAGUGUUUUUUUGAACACGCACAGCACACUAGAAGGCACGAAACAACCAACGACGACUAGAAGACCAAAAAAUCGUCAAAAACUCUUUAGCCAUUCUGAUUUCUAGGGUUUUUUUUGGGGAGAAAUCAGGGGCUAAGGAGGGAGAAGGAAGAGGAGGAGUACUAGAAGAACCGAUGGCAACACAAGGGCAGGCGUCGAUGGACCCUGCCAUACUGGAUGAUAUCAUCAAACGGCUAACGGAGGUCCGAUCAGCGAGGCCAGGUAAACAGGUGCAGCUCUCGGAGGCUGAGAUCAAGCAGCUCUGUGUAGCUUCUCGAGAUAUCUUCAUGCAACAGCCUAAUUUGCUUGAGCUGGAAGCUCCCAUUAAGAUUUGUGGUGACAUUCAUGGGCAAUAUAGUGAUUUACUAAGGCUUUUUGAGUAUGGAGGUUUUCCUCCUGAAGCUAAUUAUUUGUUUUUAGGUGAUUAUGUUGAUCGUGGCAGGCAGAGUUUAGAAACAAUUUGCCUUUUGCUUGCCUACAAGAUUAAAUAUCCAGAGAACUUUUUUCUUUUGAGAGGAAACCAUGAAUGUGCAUCAAUAAAUCGGAUAUAUGGAUUUUAUGAUGAAUGCAAGCGGCGGUUUAAUGUGAGGCUUUGGAAAUCCUUUACUGACUGCUUCAACUGCCUUCCUGUAGCGGCUCUUGUAGAUGACAAAAUAUUGUGUAUGCAUGGGGGGCUUUCCCCUGAUUUGACAAACUUGGAUCAAAUUAGAAAUUUACCUCGACCAACUGCAGUUCCAGAUACUGGUUUACUAUGUGAUUUGCUCUGGUCAGAUCCUGGUAGAGAUGUUAAGGGAUGGGGGAUGAAUGACAGAGGAGUUUCAUAUACCUUUGGUCCUGAUAAGGUGUCAGAAUUCCUGACAAAGCAUGAUUUAGACCUUGUCUGUCGUGCACAUCAGGUUGUGGAGGAUGGGUAUGAAUUCUUUGCAGAAAGGCAGCUCGUCACUAUUUUUUCAGCGCCCAACUAUUGUGGUGAAUUCGAUAAUGCUGGUGCUAUGAUGACUGUAGAUGAAAAUCUGAUGUGCUCCUUUCAAAUUUUGAAGCCUGCUGAGAAAAAAGCUAAAUAUAUGAUGCCAAAUAAAAUGUGACAGCUGCAACAUCUUUUAUCCAUAGUCUCUUUUAAGGUCAGGGAAAUUGGCUGACACUGAAGAUUGCCAGCCGUUGAUAUUUCUAAACUGUGAGAGUUGAAAGGGUCUUCUUUAUGCUUAAUGCACUGUAGUUGGGGGUGGAAUCUUUUGGAGUUUGGAGGCUGAUGCUUUUGUGGCUUACCAAAAGGCCAUGAUUCAUAAGAAGCGACUUCUUUUUUGGAAUUUCUUUUUGGUCCUUUAAGUUUCUUUCAUAUUCCUGGUGGUCCAUCUGUAUAUAAAUUUGUCCUGGAAAUUCAAAUUUGUGGUUUUUGGGUAUUGGCAAUGAAAUUGCUCUUACAUUUACCACCCAAAA